AAUAAAGUGAAAAACAAUACCAAUUUUUCAAUACCAGUUUUAAAAUCUCUAUAAGGUGCCACCAUCGUACAUAAAGGGAUAGCUACGAAACUUGACCACCAAACAAUCAAUAAAAUUGAUCAUCUUUCAAGUCCAGUCUCUUGGAUAAAAACCCUUAACACGAAAUGCAAAUAAGUAAAACAAUAGAAGCAUUAAUCGGCAUCAAUUCUGCCUGUCAAUUAUUAUGUUAAUUUGUGAAUUGAAUUAUGUAUUAAUUUCCAUUGAUAACUGAGUGAACGAUAAUAAACGAAAAAGAUGGAUUGUCUCUUAAUGUGUCUAGUAUAAAAUGAAUGAAUUAGGCCGCGGGUACGCCCGCAUUGAAGCUAUGCGUGGUGCACGAGGAGAACCUUUGGGGAGCAUCCCCGAACCCAGUCCCCCACCACCGGAUAAAUACAACUCCGUAUAUCUUACUUUGUUCGUGUCUGGCGCUGCGUUCUUGCUCCCCUUUAAUAGUUUCAUUAUGGCAGUGGACUAUUUCCAACAUCACUACCCCAAUUCAACGAUAAUGUUCGACAUGUCGACCGUGUACAUCGCGUCCGCCUGUAUCGCUGUUGUCAUCAACAAUCUCAUGCUCGACUUGUUUACAUACAACACUAGAAUAACAUUUGGUAUAUUAUUGUCUCUGGCUACAAUGAUAUUUGUAGCUGUUUGCAAUAUUGGUUGGGAUGGUUUUCCAAACGACGUGUCCUAUACAAUCAACCUAGUGGCUAUAGGUGUGGUUGCCUUUGGGUGCACAGUUCAGCAAGCCUCGUAUUAUGGCUUCACUGGUUGUCUUCCACCUCGUUACACACAGGCUGUUAUGGCUGGAGAAAGCGCAGCUGGAUUCUGGGUAUCGCUGGACAGGAUCAUGACGAAGUUUGAAUUUAGUGAACCGCAGAGAAGUACGUUUAUGUUCUUCGUGUUUUCCAUCUUGAUACUCCUGGGGCAUUCGAUGCUUCACCAUUUGAUGAUGCGUCAUCCCCUGGUAUUGUAUUAUUUGAGACUCACUGUGGAAUCUCGACAUCGGCGACGCAUACAGUUGCAUUUGAACCCAACAGAAGAUGCUACAUUGAUGGAAAGUGAAGCCGGUGAAGCCACCUACGGCGUCCUUAAACUUCAAAGUCCUGCACCAUCUAACGCAGGAGGAGAACCGGACACAACCUUCAGUUUCGCCAACCCCGUAUAUUCACCAACCACGAGUGCGGCCGCACCGCUGGCCUCUCCACCGCCCAGUGUUUCGGAAAGGUCUGUUUCCCCCUCAGCAACUCUGCAGACACCAAGACCUUCGUAUAAAGUUGAGGAUGUAGUCUUCGAGUCUCCUGAUAGACCCACUUCAUGGAGGACUUUUAAACGCAGUGUACAAGCGAGAUGGGCGGUGGCUCGCGCUAUAUACCCGUACAUGGUCUCUAUUGGCCUGGUAUACUUUACCACCCUGAGCUUGUACCCUGGUAUAUCUUCAGAAGUACCGUCUUGCCGACUUGGCUCUUGGAUGGCUAUUGUCCUUAUGUCAGCCUUUAACUUCUUCGAUCUAAUAGGAAAAAUAGCUGCAGCUUGGCCUUACGAAUGGAGUAGAAGUCAGCUAUUGAUGGCCAGUGGUCUCCGGCUUCUACUGGUUCCACUGCUGCUUCUGUGUGCGGCGCCUCGACAGUCCCCUCACAUUGUUGGCGAUAUAUAUCCGAUUAUGUUCUCCGUGGUUUUGGGUUUCACAAACGGUCUGUUUGGAUCUGUACCAAUGAUUAUUGCGCCAUCUCGUGUUGGAAGGGAACACCGCGAAAUUGCGGGUAAUAUGAUGACGUUAUCAUACAACGGGGGCCUACUAUCAGGGACAUUGGUAUCUUAUUUACUUCUUAAUAUGCUGGGUCCUCCCACAGGAUCUCCGUGUCGGAUUUACCCCACACCAUUAUUACCCACACUACCACCUGCUAUAACUACGGCUUCUAAUUUAAGCUACGUUAUCACGUCUCCACAUUAAAUAAUGUUUAUUUAAAUAUGUAGGUACCCAACUAUUCAUUGAAGAACCUAGGUCCUAGUCAAUAUAUAUCUAUCUACCUAUCACUCGCAGUCGCACAUUAUUGUAAGUACCUACUUACUAAAUAUUUUUGGUACUCCAUUAUUUCAUAAUUUAUAAACUACCUACAUAGUUAAUAUAUUUUUAAUGUAUUAGGAUUCAGAUCUCUUUAUU